AUGAAACAUCUUUGGCCGUUGCUGACGUGGAUACUUCUAUCUUCGUAUCCGGCCGAAUCUCGUAAAGGACUCGGCCAUGGAUCGAAGCGAGAAGUAUUCUUUCUGAACCUCGAGGACGGCUACUUUGGCUGUCAAGUAAACGAGUCGACGGACGUCCUUCAGUUACUCGAGCUUUCAAAGCUCUGUGACCAUCGCGUCGACUGCUACCAAGGCGUGGACGAGCAGCGCAACAAGUUAAAGUGCACAGAUUAUUUAUAAACUUAUACCGUAACAUUAAAUAUAUCAAUGAAUGUGACGAUCCAGCGAUUGCUAGGCGUUGCGUCGAGAAUGCCGUGUUGUAAUCUACCCUCGAACUUCUUGUGUCAGUGCAAAUCUGGCUACAUCGGCGAUGGUGAGGUGCAUUGCGAGGAUGUGAACGAAUGUACGAUACCAGGUGCAUGUGGCGACAAUACUGUGUGCCACAACAUACCUGGUAAUUACACCUGCACGUGUCAAGAUGGAUUUACGGGAGACCCGUUCAACAGUUGUAUCGAUAUUGACGAAUGCAAAUACGAGGGUGCCUGCGGAAGAGGUGCGCUAUGCGUGAAUGUACCAGGCGCGCAUAAGUGCGAAUGUCCCGACGGAUACGACGGAAGUCCUGAGGAGGAGUGCAGGGAUGUCGACGAAUGCUUGAGGAGUCCUUGCGGACGUUCCGCUCUCUGUACGAACGUACAUGGUAGCUUCCGAUGUUCUUGUCCCGAUGGGAUGGAUGGUGAUCCGAUGACAGGCUGCCACGACAUCAACGAAUGCACAGCUUUGGAAAAUCCUUGUGGGAAAAAUGCGAUUUGCAAGAACGAGGAGCCUGGUUACAACUGUCUUUGUCCACCAGGGUACAGUGCUAGGUCUAGCCCGACAGUCGCAUGCGAUCAGACCGACGUGACGACUCUUUGCAAAUCGAAUUUCGAUUGCGUUAACAAUGCCGAGUGCAUCGAGGGACAAUGUUUCUGCAAAGAUGGCUUCAAAGCCAUCGGUGCUGAAUGCGUGGAUCUAAACGAAUGCCUUACUAGUCCCUGUGGGCCUGCGUCGAUUUGCACGAACACUAGAGGAAGCUAUCAUUGUGAAUGCGAAUCUGGAUUUGUUGGCACACCGCCCCAUAUACCGUGCAAAGCACCGUGCGAUGAGGUAACUUGCGGUGAACAUGCCUUCUGUAAGGCCGACGGUCACGAAGCUUACUGCAUAUGCGAAGAUGGUUGGACCUUCAAUCCAAAUGACAUAGCGGCUGGAUGUGUCGAUAUAAACGAAUGCGAUGCGAUAAAUGGACCUUCUGGAAGAUGCGGCAGAAAUGCCAUUUGUACCAAUACACCUGGUGGUUUUAGUUGUCAAUGUAAACUCGGAUACUCAGGAAAUGCCUUCAAGCAAUGUAUAGAUAUUGACGAAUGUACCAAAUCUAACGUUUGCGGUCAUGGAGCAACGUGCACCAAUAUUGAAGGUUCUUACUCUUGCACUUGUCCGGAAGAAACCAUACCAGAUCCUGAUCCUUACAUUAAAUGCGUUGGCAUAGUGAGAUGUGAAAUUGACGAUGAUUGCCCAGGAAACGCUAUUUGUGAUCUGCAAAAAAGAUGCUUGUGUCCUGAGCCCAACGUCGGGAAUGAUUGCAGACAUCCAUGUGAAGAUUUAUCUUGUGGACCCAAUGCGCAUUGCAUGCUCUUGAACGACGUGGCGACAUGUCUCUGCAGCAACGGAUACACAGGAAAGCCCGGAAUAAAGGAUGGUUGUCGAGACAUCAACGAGUGCGCGAUAAAUCCGUGCCCUCCGGGCGCAAUUUGUAACAACGAGCCCGGUUCCUUCUCGUGUCAGUGUCCAAGCGGCAUGACGGGCGAUCCUUACAGCGGCGGUUGCCAGGAAUCUAAAACACCUCACGUGUGUGGUCCCAGCGCGCCCUGCCCCGCUGGAGAACAAUGCAUCAAGGAUGAAUUCGUGGGUAGCAGUGUGUGCAUCUGCCAACGAGGUUUCACGCGCGAUCACGAGACUGGUAAAUGCAGAGACAUUAACGAAUGUAUGGAGCUCAGAGAGAAGCCUGCCUGUGGUGUCAACGCAAUUUGUAAGAAUCUUCCUGGCAGUUACGAGUGCCAAUGUCCACCUGGAUUCAAUGGAAAUCCUUUCUCACUUUGCGAAGAAUGCAACAGCAUCGAAUGUCAAUGUCAACCUCCGUACAAGAUUGUCAAUGGUAAAUGCAUGCUUGCCGGAUGUUCGAAAGGCGAAAAGUGUCCAAGUGGUGCUGAGUGUAUAACAAUUGCCGGUGGUGUCAGUUAUUGCGCCUGUCCUAAGGGAUACACGACCAAGUCGGAUGGUUCCUGUGAAGAUAUAAAUGAAUGCAUCGUGGGUCACCAAGUCUGUGGCUACGGUGCCGAGUGUAUCAACCUACCAGGUUCUCAUCAAUGCGUAUGUCCGCACGGAUACGGUGGCGAUCCAUACAAUGGGCUUUGUUCUCCGGCACAGAAGAGAUGUACCAACGAUCACGAAUGCAAAGCUAAUGAGAAAUGCGUGCAGCCUGGGGAAUGUGUGUGCCCACCGCCGUUCUACACAGAUCCCUUAGAUGGAAAUCUUUGUAAAAAUCCUUGCGAUCGUUUCCCGUGUGGUAUUAAUGCAAAAUGCACACCGAGCGAUCCACCGCGAUGCAUGUGCGAGGCUGGUUUCGAAGGUGAUCCGCAGCACGGAUGUAUUGAUGUAAACGAAUGCGCGAACAAUCCUUGUGGACACGGUGCAUAUUGCAUCAACACGAAAGGAGAUCACACGUGCGACUGUCCUAAAGGUAUGGUUGGCGAUCCUUACGGUGCUGGUUGCACUGGAGCUCCGACCGGCAAAAGCGAGUGUUCGUCAAAUGACCAUUGCGAGAACUAUUUAUCAUGCGUCCAAGGAAGUUGCGUCAAUCCCUGCGAUAACGUACCUUGUGGUCCUAACGCAUAUUGCGAGCCGGAUAAACACGCAGCAUGGUGUAGAUGCGUAAUCGGAUUCACGGAAGGCAAAAAUAACGAAUGCGUUUCACAAUGUGACGGUUUUGUUUGCGGCACUGGGGCUCAAUGUAUCGUUAGUUACGACGGGCCGACGUGUAAGUGUAUCGAAGGUUUCAUGGGCAAUCCUUUCCCUGGUGGACAGUGCGUUCCGGAUGUUUGCUCUCCUGAAAUCCCGUGCGCUGAGCCGAGCGUAUGCAUCAGUGGACGUUGCAAACGGCGCUGCGAAGGGGUGAUUUGCGGCAUCGGAGCUAUGUGCGAUCCUUUAACGAAUAAAUGCGUGUGCAAUCCCUAUUUUGUCGGCAAUCCCGAUCUGCUUUGUAUGCCACCCAUUCAACCACCUCACUGCGAUCCAUUCUGCGGGAAAAAUGCACAUUGCGAAUACGGUCUUCAGGAAUCAAAGUGUGUCUGCAAUCCGGGUACCAGUGGGAAUCCUUAUCACGGUUGUGGUGUUCAAGAAAAGUCCGAUUGUUCUACUGCGGUGUGCGGAAAAGACGCUCAUUGUAACGCGGGUCCUAACGCUGUCGAGUGUCUUUGCCCAUCUGGUUUCGCUGGCAAUCCAUACAUUCAAUGUUUUGAUAUCAAUGAAUGCAACGGAAACGCAUGCGGAAGUAGUGCGGUGUGCAUCAAUACCCUUGGAAGUUAUGACUGUCGCUGCAAGGAUGGCUUUUUCGGCAAUCCGUUCGUUGGAUGUCAGCAGGUACAGGUGGGACCAUGCGCUGAUCCUUCUACUUGUGUUUGCAGUAACACUGUACCGUGCCCCUUCGAUUACAUCUGCGUCGAUCAUAAGUGCAUAAAUCAGUGCAGCGAAGUAAAAUGUGGUCCCAGAUCCGUUUGUCAGAAUGGAGUGUGCGUAUGUCCGCCUGGUUAUAGCGGUAAUCCCAAUGAUUUGCACAAAGGUUGCCACUUGCACGGUCACUGCUUGAACGAUCUUGAAUGCGAGCCGCAGGAGAUCUGUUUCCAGGUCGGCAAAGGCGUCCGCAAGUGUGUGGAUGCAUGCAGCAAACUGCAAUGCGGACCAAACGCAUUAUGCAUCACGCAGAAUCAUGUGUCCUCUUGUUUGUGUAUCGAUGGUUACCAGGGUAAUCCGAGCAAUUUAAUCGAAGGUUGCCAACCGUCCAAGUCCGUGAUACCCGGAUGUGCACAUGACUCGGAUUGCCCGGCAGGUUCCUUCUGCAUUACUCUGGAUGGCGGCGUGCGCGACUGUGUAAAUCCUUGCAAUAAAGUGGUAUGCGGCGCCUAUCAAAAAUGCGAACCCGACUUGGUCGUACCUGGUCACGCCACUUGCAAGUGUCAGGACGGCUAUGAAUGGAAUCCGGUGCAGUCGUCCUGCGAGAAGCCGUCGGUACCCGAUUGUAUAACCGAUAAUGACUGCCACUCGAGCGAGGGCUGCAGACCGGACGCGCUUGGCGUAUUAAAGUGUGUGUCGCUUUGCGACGGUUUCACUUGUACCGCGAAUUCUCGCUGCGUGACGGAGAAUCAUCAUGGCCGUUGCGACUGUCUACCGGGCUACAUCGGCAAUCCGAAUGAUCGUCGGGGAUGUCACAGCCCGCGCGAAAACCGUUGUUCUACGGAUAGUGAGUGCGCGGAGGAUCAGACAUGUCGUAGUACUCCAGACGGUCCGCUCGCUUGCCAACUGGUCUGCGACUUUAUCACCUGCGGCCCCAAUGCGCUUUGCGUCGUCAAUAACCACGUGGCGAACUGCGAAUGUCCGCCUGGACAAUAUGCCGGUGAUCCGAAUGACUCAACGUCUGGUUGUCGCGCGGUGCCCUGCGUCUACAACAUCGACUGUCCACCGGUGCAACUCUGCAACCGACUUACACACACUUGUUACGACGCCUGCGACGAGAAUGCAUGCGGUGUAAACGCUGUCUGCAUAGCGGAAGAUCAUAAAGCGAUCUGCCAAUGUCCGCCUGGGCUUCGCCCGAACCCAGUACCCGACGUCGAGUGCGUCGCCGUGGAGGCAUGUCAUCCGGACUCUUGCCAUCCCACUGCGUUGUGUGUCGCUGGUCCAACGAACAACCCGGUGUGUCAAUGCCCACCGAAUCAUGUCGGCGAUCCUUAUGUGAACGGUUGCCAGCCGGAAGGACACUGCUCUAGUCCCAAGGAUUGUCCAGUGCAUUCCGUCUGUCAUGAGCAUCGUUGCAUUAAUCCGUGCGAGAAUGCGUGCGGUCCUAACGCAUUCUGCGAGAUCGUAAACGAUCAGCCGAGCUGCAAGUGUAUUCACAGGUUCGUGCCAUCCUCCAGGGGUCCAGAACACGGUUGCGUGCGGGGUACUAAUUACUGCACAGUUGACGCCCAAUGCGAAGAUAGCUACUGCAUUGAUGGACAAUGCAGAGCUGUAUGUCGUUCAGUCGCUGAUUGUUCAGACGGAGAGAAAUGUAUUAACAACAAGUGUAUGGUAUCAUGCAUUGCGCAUUCUCAGUGUCUAGUAGAUCAUGCAUGUGUAAGUGGAGGAUGCAUCCUCGGCUGCCGCAGUAAUAAAAAUUGCCCGACUAUCGAAUCGUGUAUCAACAAUAAAUGUCAAGAUCCUUGCAGUAGAAAAGACGUGUGUGGACCAAAUGCGAUCUGCAGUUGCACUAAUCACGCGAUCGCAUGCACAUGUCCUCUCGGUUUCCAUGGUAAUCCUACUCCAGAACAAGGUUGCGUUCGAGUACCAAACGCAUGCCAAACUCCGCAAGAUUGUCCCAGCCAGCAUCUGUGCGUCUCGGGAUUAUGCCAGUGUCAAUGCUCGGAACAGAACAAUUGCGCGCAAGGCGAGCGCUGUAAGAAUGGCAUUUGCGUGAAGAUAUGUUACGGCGACAGUAAUUGUCUGCCCGGUGAAUUGUGUAUCGAUGGAGCGUGCGAGGCGGGCUGCACCUCGGAUGUCGGCUGUAAACGCGACGAAGUGUGCAUUAACAGCAAGUGCAGAUGCAGCCACGGAUUUAUUGCCGGUCCCGAACAUUGCCUGGACAUCAACGAGUGUGAUGAUCAACCAUGUCAUCCAAGUGCUGAGUGCAUUAAUCUUCAUGGAUCUUACCGUUGCACGUGUCCUUCAGGUACCGCGGGUGAUCCUAUAGGAUUGGGCUGUGUGCUGCCGCAUCACUGCACCACGCACAAGGACUGCUCUGAUACUCAAGCCUGCGUUCAACACAACUGUUCAGAUCCAUGCUCUUUUGUCGACUGCGGUUUAAAUACUAUUUGUUCCGUUCUGGAUCAUACUGCUGGUUGUCAAUGCCAGCCUGGUUAUAUUGGCGAUGCCUCAGGGUGCUUUAAAGUAGAGUGCCUUUCUAACAGUGACUGUCCAACAGAUAAAUAUUGCAAUCAAGAGACCAAUAAAUGUAGUAGUCCUUGCAAUCAAGUAAACUGUGGAUAUGGUAAUUGCCUAGCUGUCGAUCACGUUAGCGUGUGUAAAUGCUAUUCUGGCUUUGUUCUUAUCGGCGACAUCUGCGCUGACGUUAACGAAUGUUUGCAAAAUCCUUGCCAUUCCUCAGCUAUAUGUCAAAAUGCGGAGGGAUCGUUCGCCUGUGUUUGUCCGCAUGGUUUAGUAGGGGAUCCAUUCAAAACGGGUUGUAAACAACCUGGUGACUGUUUCACGGAUUCGGAUUGUCCAAAUUCAGCCGCUUGUAUUGAUAACAGAUGCACUAAUCCAUGCGACGCACCGGGCAUUUGCGGUAGAAAUGCAGAAUGCCUCGCACGUGAUCAUGUUCCGAUCUGUAGAUGUCCUGGACAAACUACAGGAAAUCCGGCAACGGAAUGUAUUCAUCUGGAGUGCAACUAUCACAGUGACUGCAGUCCAUCAGAUGCAUGCUUCGAUCAUAAGUGCGUUGAUCCCUGCUCUCUUUCGAACGUUUGCGGACAUGGUGCUGAUUGUUCAUCGCUUAAUCAUAGCGCGGUAUGCACCUGUCAACCUGGCGGCACAGGUGAUCCGAAUCUUGGGUGCACUCCGCUUCAAUAUUGCAAAAGUGAUUCACAGUGUGCAACCGGUUCAGUAUGUAACGGAGGGAUAUGCACAGCGCUUUGUGGAAGUACAAGAGAUUGCAUCGGCGAUCAACUCUGUAUUAAUGGUCUUUGUCAGCCUACCUGCAGAAGUAAUUCUAGCUGUCCAGAAUAUCAAUACUGCCAUAACAAUAUAUGUGUUCAAGAAUUACGUUGUACGUCAGACAAUGACUGCUCAUACGACGAAAAAUGUAUUAAGAAUAAUAUUGGACAGGCGGAGUGUCGUAGAGCUUGCGAUGUAAUACUCUGUGGCCGUAACGCCGAAUGCAAAGCUGAUGAUCAUGCCGCAACGUGUUCCUGUAAGCAUGGCUUCUUCGGAAACGCUAAAGACGACAAAAUUGGUUGUCAACCUAUUGAAUGUGAAGUUAACGAUGACUGUACACAGGAGAAGAUCUGCGAUUCUCACAGAUGCAGAAUCGCUUGUCUUGCACAUAAUCCCUGUGGCGUGAAUGCUAUUUGUACAACAGAGAAACAUGUCCAGGUUUGUACAUGCCAACCUGGAUAUACAGGAGAAUCCACUCGUGCUUGCAAACUGAUAGAUUACUGCGCGAAUGCACCCUGUGCACCGGGCGCAUUGUGCGAAAACACGCGAGGACAUUUCAAGUGUCAUUGUCAACCUGGUACAGUCGGAGAUCCUUAUAAUAGCGGCUGUCAACCGCCGGUAGAAUGUCUUCAGGACGUGGAUUGUCCGUUAACUGCCAAAUGUGUCAACAUUAAUAAUGUACCAAAAUGUUUUGAUACUUGCGCACGUAUUCGUUGUGGUCCAAAUGCAGAUUGUGUCGCGAGCAAUCAUGCCGCGAGUUGUGAGUGUCGUGCCGAUUACGAAGGCGAUCCUAAUAAUCUGAGCGUGGGAUGUCGUCCAAGACCAGUAGUUUGCUCGUCACAAAUCGAUUGUUUGGUCAAUACUUAUUGUUAUGAAGGCAUUUGUCGGCCAUCUUGUCAAUCGGAUGAGGAAUGCAACUUGUCCGAUGUUUGCUUGAACGGGCAAUGCUUAGAUCCGUGCGAUGUAAGAGGAACAUGUGGUAUAAAUGCCGAAUGCAAAGUGAGAAGUCAUAUUAAACAGUGCAGCUGUCCACCAGGUUUUACCGGCAACUCCGAAGUAGAAUGCGUAAGACUACCAGUGUCAUGUCUCGGAAGUGGAGAUUGCAAUGGAGGCAACACCUGUCGCGAGAACGUUUGUUUGCCGAUCUGCACUGUGGACAACGAUUGCGCAUUGAACGAGAAAUGCAUACGCGGCAAUUGCUUGUUGACUUGUCGGUUGGACAAUGAUUGCUUCUUGGGUCACGUCUGUCUGAACAACAUGUGCUCGUUUGGUUGUCGUGCGGACGAAGACUGCAAUGCGAAUGAGGCUUGUUUAGGAAAUAAAUGCGUAAAUCCAUGUGAAGCUACGCCAUGCGGACCAAACGCCAAGUGCACCGUUUUCAAUCAGCGUGCUACAUGCUCCUGUUCUACCGGUUUCAUACCAAAUCCAACUGCCAAAGUCGCGUGUCUGAGAACACCGGGCCCAAUAUGUCAGGCCAAUCGGGAUUGCGUUGUGGGUACAGCUUGCAUCACUGGCGUUUGCACACCUGUUUGUUCAUCCAGCGCGAACUGCUUGAGCAAUGAGAGAUGCGACAACUCUGGCAUUUGCAAGUCACUUUGCAGACGGGAUGAAGAUUGUAGAAGCGGCGAGAUUUGCGAGGGAUUAGUAUGUAUUUCCGGUUGCCGAGCGGACAUUGAAUGCCAGGACAGUUACGAGUGUAUAAACAAUCAGUGUAUUGAUUCGUGCUCAUUGACUAGCGCCUGCGGUGUAAAUGCCAAAUGUACAAUCGUUAAUCAUCAAAAAAUCUGCACUUGUCCAUCGCCGUUGGUAGGAGAUGCUCGUAUUGGUUGCAAGCAGACGUUCCUUCCUUGCUCAUCUGAACUUGAAUGUUUACCAGGACAAACGUGUUACAGUAGAUCGUGCUAUUCCACAUGCAGAAGUGAUGCGAAUUGUUUGAGCGACGAACGUUGUGACGGUGGUAUUUGCAAAGCGAUAUGCAACAGCGAUGAUCAUUGCCUCGCAAAUCAAAUAUGUCACAAUCGCAUGUGUGACAUUGGAUGUCGCAGUGAUAACACGUGUCCGAGCGAUGAGUCUUGUAUCAAUAAUCAAUGCAGAAGUCCAUGCGAUGGUGGCAAAGCGUGCGGAGAGUGUGCCGGUUGUAGAGUAGUCAAUCAUGUAGCUCAAUGCAGUUGUCCCGCAAAUUAUUAUGGUAAUGCGCUAAUUAAUUGUGCCAAGACCAUGACUCCCUGCGACGGCUCGUGUGAGUGCGACGAAAUUGGCUUUUGCACCACCAGCUGUCACCAUCAGAACGAUUGUUCUUGCGGCGAAGUCUGUCAUAGCGGUAAAUGUCGCAUCAAGUGCGACAUCAACAACGCGUGUCCAAAGGGAUAUGUAUGCGAUGGAGGUUUAUGCCUCAUUGGCUGUCGCACCCACUCCGACUGUCCGUCGUCAUUGUCAUGCACAAAUGGCCAGUGUGAGAAUCCAUGUUCCGCCCAGGGAUCGCCUUGCGGAAUAAAUGCACUUUGCCGUGUUUCGAGCCAUCGAGCAGUGUGCUUAUGUCCAGAAGGCUAUCAGGGUGAACCGAGUCAGGAGUGUUACCAACUGGAGUGUCAUCACGAUGACGAUUGCGAGCUAAACAAACAUUGCAGCGAAUACGGUGUUUGCACAAAUCCGUGCUUACAGCAUGGCGUCUGUGGCUUCAAUGCGCAAUGUCGUGUGAUCAACAGGAAGGCACAAUGUUCUUGUCCACCAGGACACUUUGGCAAUCCGAAGAUCAACUGCAAGAAAGGUGGAGAUGAAUGCUUGCGAAGACCUUGCGGUAUUAACGCUAAGUGCCGAGAAACUCUAAAUGGUUUCGAGUGCACAUGUGAUCCGGGAUGCCAUGGUGACCCACAUCAAGUGUGUCUCUGCGACGGUGAUCUUUGCAAAGACACUCGUUGUGGCAUCAAUGCAGCCUGUCGAAUUUAUAAGAAUCAGCCACAGUGCUAUUGUCCACCGAAUAAUCCAUCGGGCGAUCCAAUGCACGCAUGUACCUCAGAUAGAGAUUUAGGAGACUGUCGAACGAAUGGAUGCGGGAAGAACGCAGAAUGUAUUAGAGAUGGAGCUAUAUUCGUUUGCCGAUGUCCACCAGGUACAAGCGGUUCGCCAGAUAUUGAAUGCACAACAGAGCGCGAAUGCACCAGCGACUUAGAGUGUCCCAAUGAAAAAGCCUGCAUAAAUCUACAAUGUCUGGACCCGUGCGCGCUACGCGGUGCCUGUGGGAUCAAUGCCCUGUGCCGAGUGGUUCUGCACAAGCCGCGUUGCUCAUGCCCGCAGUGUUAUAUCGGCAUGCCCCACACGGCCUGCCAUCCAGAUUCCAAAUGCGACACGCUCAAUCCCAAACCUACGCCGAGCAUCGGUUGUUCCUCUGACUACGACUGUCCGGAGAGUCUCUCCUGCCACUCGCAGACAGGCGAGUGCCGCGACCCGUGUUUGAGUUCUCGGUAUACCUGCGAGGUCAACAAGAGAUGUCAGGUGCGGAAUCACAAACCUAUGUGUGUUUGCAAAUACGGCUUCGUAGUCAACGAAAUCGGGGAAUUGACCUGCGCUCCUGACACGCUUACCUGCUCGAGAGACUUCGAUUGUCCCUCGAACACUGCGUGCGUCAAUGGGAAAUGUCAAAAUCCCUGUAAUGUAAGAAACAAAAGACCGUGUCCAGCCGAUAAAACCUGCGAUGUCCUGGACCACCGUCCCGUGUGCAUUUGCACCAAAAACUGCAAUCCCUCCCUCUCCAUUUGCCUGCGAGACAGUGGCUGCUCUCCAGAUUUGGCGUGCCGUAACUAUCGCUGCGUGGACCCAUGCAGAAACUCUACCUGUCCGGCUGAUGCCCCCUGUUACGUGGAGGAGCACAAGCCUAUCUGCAAGUUCUGUCCCCCCGGCUUUGUGCCAGAUACUAAAUACGGAUGCAUGAAAGCAGUUCUUCAUCCCAUGUCCAAGCCAGUUUGCGAGUCCGAUGAUGAUUGCAGCGACGCAGAAGCCUGCGUCGAAAGCUCCUGCGUUAAUCCCUGUAUCAAUGGGUGUCAACUGGCAGUUCAAUGUCGAGUUGAAGCGCACAGGCCUAUUUGUGAUUGCGAGUUUAACGACAAACAUUGUUCACCUGAUGGUGCAACAACAUUGCGUUCUAUAGAUUUAGAUCACACUUUUGAGACAGUUCACACUACAUUACAAACAACAACGGGCACUCCGCCAUCCACAUCUGUUUACACUCCGGAGAUGUUAACCGUUGCAUAUACAGAAGAAAGUACGAUUACUUUACCUGACGUUACCGGAAAUUUAUUGGAAAAUAUUACUAUUGAAACGACAAGUGAAUCCGAUAUGACAAUUGUAUCGACAGAAAUUGUUACCGAGUCUCCUUCGACGACCAUACCUUCGAUAUUAAGUACAACCGAAAUUAAUAUUUUAAAUGAUUCUUUAAUUUCGACGAUAAACGUUGAUGUUAUAGAGAAUGUAACAUCUAGUCCUUUUACCACUUCAAUAUUUGAAACUACUAAUUUUGAAAUUGAAACUACUUCAACAGAAUAUACAACAGCACGUAGUAUUACUUCUAAAAGUGAACAAACGACGCACAGUAUUCCAACCAUAUAUAGUACAGGAGAAACUUUUACAGGAAAUGUAUCUUCUACUGUAACUGAGACAACAAAGAGAGAAUUUGAAUUGGGUUAUGAAGAAAACGUUACAAACGAAACAACUGGAACAACUGCCUUUCAAAAUAUCACUGCCACUUCUCCAGUUACAUUCAGUCGUACCGAGAUUACUGAUAUUACUAUAUCUAGCAUGAAUACUGAAAUAACGACUUCUAAGCCAUUGGAAGCAAGUAGCGUUACUGAAGUUCCUGAGAAUAUAACUACAGUUCCUACCGUAGAAGUUCCUAAUGUAAGUGAUGAAGAAACUUCCACAUUAGCAACAACUAUACAAUCUUUUACUACUACUACGCAAUAUUCUACUAUCACAGAAUUAACAGUAAAGCCAUUAAAAGAAAAUACCUCUAUGGAAAGUACUACUAGUUCAAUGAUUACUACAACAUUUUUUACUCAAGCAAAUCAUACAAUGUCAUCUCCGAAUAUCUUAGAGUAUACAUCCACAGAUAUUGCCAAAGAAAUCACACAAGAAUGGAGCACUGUCAAAACUGAUUCGCUUGAUACAACUGAGCCAUAUAUAAAAGAUACUACUUCAUUUUCUACAACAACUGAGUCUCCUACAUUUAUGACAAAUAUUAUUGACAGCGGUUCUCACAAUGCCACUCAUAUUUCUGCGACAGAACAAUACACUACUUCAAAACAGUAUACUACAACUGAGGAGCCUACAAGACAGAUUUCUACUACAGAAUAUCCUACAGAAGAAUGUAUUACAACAGAGCAAUUUAGAACAUCACAACAACCUACGGAACAGAUCUCUGAUGCUACAGACAAUUAUAGUAUAUCUGAAUAUUCUACAGAAGCGCAUUCCACUACAGAGCAUAAGACAUCAGAACAAACAGAACAAUAUACUACAUUUGAACAGUCUACAGAACAAAUCUCCACUACAAAACAAUACAAACAAACAGAACAAUACACUACAUUUGGACAAUCUACAGAACAAAUCUCCACUACAAAACAAUAUAGCACUCCUAAAUAUAGCACUACAAAAGAAUAUUCUACUACAGAACAGUUUACAACAUCACAACCUAUAGAACAACAUACUUCUUCAAAUCAAUAUCCUUCAACUAAAGAAAUUACGGAUCAGAUCUUUACUACAGAACAUUAUAAUACCUCAAAAUAUUCUACAGAAGAAUACUUUACUACAGAACAAUUUAAGAUAUCAGAACAAACAGAACAAUACACUACAUUUGGACAAUCUACAGAACAAAUUUCCACUACAAAACAAUAUAGCACUCCUGAAUAUAACACUACAAAAGAACAUUUUACAACAGAACAGUUUACAACGUCACAACAACCUACAGAACAAUAUACUUCAACCGAACAAUACGCUACAUUUGGACAAUCUACAGAACAAAUCUCCACUACAAAACAAUACAGCACUCCUGAAUAUAGCACUACAAAAGAAUAUUCUACAACAGAACAGUUCACAACGUCACAACAACCUACAGAACAACAUACUUCUUCAAAUCAAUAUUCUUCAACUGAAGAACUUACGGAUCAGAUCUCCACUACAAAACAAUAUAGCACUCCUGAAUAUAACACUACAAAAGAACAUUUUACAACAGAACAGUUUACAACGUCACAACAACCUACAGAACAAUAUACUUCUUCAAAUCAUACUUCAACUGAAGAAAUUACGGAACAGAUUUCUACUACAGAUCAUUAUAACACAUUGAAAUAUUCAACAGAAGGUUAUACCACUGUAGAACAGUUUAUGACAUCAGAACAAACAGAACAAUACUCUACGUUUGCGCAAUCUACAGGACAAAUCUCUAUUACAGAGCAAUGUAGCACACCUAAAUAUUCUACAGAAGUAUAUUCUAUAACAGAACAAUUUAGAACAUCACAAGAGUCAACAGAGCAAUACACUACUUCGAAACAGUAUACUUCAACUAAAGAAUCUACAGAACAAAUUUAUACCACAGAAAAGUUUUUCACUACAAUAGGAUUUGAGACAUCUGAGCAGCCUACCACAUUUGAACAGUCUACUGCAAAACAGAUCUCUACUACAGAACAGUACAGCACAUUUGAAUAUCCAUCUGAACAAUUCAUCACAUCUACGCAAUCAAUACAAUAUAGUACAAUUGAAUACUCCACAGAAGAAUAUUCUACUACAGAGCUUGUUACAUCUGAAAAAUCUACAGAGCAAUUUCUGACUACAGAAUAUUAUACGACGUCUGAAAUUACCCAGAAUAAAACAGAUAUGUUUUGUGUCUUACAUACAGAUUGUACAGAAUGCGAAACUUGCAUCGAUAGUUUUUGUCGGAAUCCAUGUAAAACUGAUAAUCCAUGUCCAGAGAAUGUUUUAUGCGACGUUAUAAAUCAUCGGCCUGUGUGCUUAGACUCAAGUACUGAGCAGAGUACGUCUAAUUGUAGUAUACUCCCAGACGUGAAAUGUACAACGCACAACGACUGUCCCAUCCAAUUGGCUUGUGUAAAUCAUCAAUGCGUAAAUCCGUGCACUUUGGGCAAUCCGUGCGACUUCGUCGAAGCUUGCCAUGUUCAAUAUCAUAGACCGGUUUGCGUUAAAGUGGAGUCCAACGAAGCAGAGUGUCCUUAUUGUCCACCCGGUAUGCAAUGCGAUCCAUCGACAAACACUUGCAUCAAAGCGGGUUGCACUAGCAACAAGGAUUGUCCUCUGACAGAAGCGUGCAUUGGGCACGCUUGCCAGGAACCCUGCCUAGUUCGAAAUCCCUGUGCGGAACAUGCUGUUUGUAUUAAUACAAAUCACGGAGCAGAUUGUAGUUGUGAAGAAGGCUAUCAUGGAAAUGGAUUCUCUUAUUGCGAUUUGUUGGAAGAACCGAAAAAUAUUUGUCAAUAUAACGAAGACUGUCCUCCGAACAAAUAUUGCGAUCGACUCAACAGACAGUGCAUCAAUCCUUGCGUCGAAUUUGAUUGCGGAGAUAAUGCGAAAUGCGUCUCUAGUAAUCAUCAAGCGCAGUGUACAUGCCUUCCAGGUUAUCAAGGAAAUCCUCACAUUGGCUGUCAGGAGAUAGUGCUGACUGUCGAUCCUUGCGUUCCAAAUCCGUGCGGUUUGAACGCUUUAUGCGAGAAUGACAAUGGAAAUCCCGUUUGUUUCUGUCCAAAAGGUCUAACUGGAAGUCCAUUCGAGCAGUGUAUUCCCGAAGGUGACCAAUGUGAAGGUAAUCCUUGCGGUGCCAAUUCAGGAUGUCGAGUAGUGAGUGGACAGGUGAAAUGCUUUUGCGUACCAGGAUAUGAAGGUCAUCCACCGAAUUUCCCCUGUACACUUCCUAGUACCUCCUGCGAUCCUUCUCCAUGCGGUCCCAAUACUCGUUGCUCCGUGUUGGAUAAUGGCUUUGCAAAAUGUACCUGUCUAUCUGGCUACAUUGAAAGUCCCAAUACUAUUAGAGGAUGCGUGCCAAAAGCCGAUCAAUGCGAAUUUAAUCCGUGUGGUUUUGGGGCGAGAUGCAAUAGCACGAGAGUACCGCCUUGUUACUGUCCAGAUCUCACAAUUGGAAAUCCAUACAAGAGUUGUGGAGUACGACCAGAAGAACCAUACGAUCCUUGUCUAUUAUCACCCUGUGGCAAAAACGCUAUUUGCACGGCAAUUGAUGGCAUAGCUAAAUGCACAUGUAUACCGCCAUUUGUCGGUAAUCCGUAUAUAGAUGGUUGCGAAGCCGAGUGCAUUAUUAAUCGGGAUUGCGAAAGUCACCUGGCUUGUUUCAAUCAACACUGUAGAGAUCCAUGUCCAGGCGUAUGCGGCGCUAAUGCGCAUUGCGAAGUCGUUGAUCAUCUUCCUAUGUGUUCUUGUUUGCCAGGAUAUACUGGAGAUCCGUUUAGAGCCUGUAAAGUAGAGAAACCUCUAGUGCCAGAUCAGAAUCCGUGUAUGCCAUCGCCAUGUGGUCCACACAGUAUCUGCCGUGUAAUGAACGAUCGUGCAGUUUGUUCAUGUAGUCCGGGUUACCAAGGCACUCCGCCGCAUUGCCGUCCGGAGUGUCUCGUCAGCACGGAAUGUCCGGCUCAUCUGGCUUGCAUUGAUCAAAAGUGUAAUGAUCCUUGCCCAGGAUUGUGUGGUUUAAACGCUGAUUGUCAAGUUAUCAAUCACAAUCCAAUUUGCAGUUGUCCUCGUCAAUAUGCUGGCGAUCCAUUCACACAAUGCGUCAAAGAAGAACCUUUACCGCCAACAACGAAUCCUUGUUUGCCAUCGCCUUGCGGGUCUAACGCUGAUUGUCGGGUUCAAGAAGAUCAUCCGAUAUGCACAUGCAUCAGUGGUAUGUUCGGAGCACCGCCGAAUUGUAGACCAGAGUGUGUGAUUGAUCAGGACUGCAUUAGCUCUUUAGCUUGUAUUCAAAAGAAAUGUUUAGAUCCGUGCGUUGGAUCGUGCGGAUUUAACACGAAUUGUACGGUGUUGAAUCAUCGACCUAUUUGUCAUUGUUAUGAAGGCUAUGAAGGAGAUCCUUUCUCAGGUUGCGCCAAAGCUGUUUUUCCAGUGCAAUUACCGUGCGAUCCUUCGCCGUGCGGUACGAAUGCUGUAUGUAAAGAACGUAACGGCGCAGGAUCUUGCACUUGUUUACCUGAUUAUACUGGUGAUCCCUACGAGGGUUGCAGACCGGAAUGUGUUCAGAAUUCAGAUUGCGCUCAUACAAAGGCUUGUAUUAACAACAAGUGUAAGGAUCCAUGUGUGGGAGCGUGCGGAAUUAACGCGCAAUGCCAAGUUUAUAAUCAUCAACCAUCUUGUAGUUGUCUCUCUGGUUACACCGGAGACCCUCUUACGUCUUGCCACAUACCAAUAAAACCUUCAGUGCCGGGCGAUACGUGCCAACCAUCUCCCUGUGGACCGUAUAGCAACUGCCGCGUUAUUGAUAAUCACGCAGUAUGCUCCUGUCAACCUAAUUACAUCGGUAGUCCACCAUCAUGUCGGCCAGAAUGCGUAGUCAGUACGGACUGUAGCCCAAACACAGCGUGUAUCAAUCAAAGAUGUAAAGAUCCAUGUCUAGGCACAUGCGGUGUGAAUGCAGACUGCCGAGUAAUCAAUCAUAAUCCAGUCUGCAUUUGCGCGAUUGGUUAUAGCGGAGAUCCGUUCUUUGAAGUAACACCUUUACCGAAACCAAGUGGCAAUCCUUGCGUCCCUUCGCCGUGUGGACCGAAUUCCCAGUGUCGGGUGAUUGACGGCUUUCCGGCAUGUUCGUGUUUACCGAAUUACGUUGGUCGUGCACCAAAUUGCCGUCCCGAGUGUGUCAUAAAUGAAGGAUGUCCCGGAAAUUUGGCGUGCCAGAACGAACAGUGCGUGGACCCCUGUCCAGGAUCUUGCGGCGUAAACACGUAUUGCAAUGUCGUAAAACACAAUCCCGUUUGUAUCUGUAACGAGGCACCUAUUACGACAGAGCAACCACGUACGCCGUGUAAUCCAUCGCCAUGCGGUGCCAACGCAGUGUGCAACGAGCGAAACGGAGUCGGAUCUUGCACAUGUCUACCGCAAUACUUUGGCGAUCCAUACAUUGCUUGCAGACCAGAAUGCGUGACUAAUGCUGACUGCGACCGCAGUAAGGCCUGUCUGAACAACAAAUGUGUCAAUCCAUGUCCUGGUACUUGCGGCCAAGAUGCUACUUGCCGCGUGGUCAAUCAUGCUCCGAUGUGUUCUUGCCUGCCGGGUUAUACCGGUGAUCCGGUAAACGGCUGUACCAUCAUCAUCGUAACGCCGUUGCCCGUGCCAAUUAAUCCUUGUGAUCCAUCGCCAUGUGGACCCAACAGCAACUGUCGAACGCACGACGGUCACGCAGUGUGCCUCUGCCAACCAGGAUUCUCCGGAGUUCCGCCCACCUGCCGACCGGGUUGUAUUGUUAGUUCUGAAUGUCCACAGAACAGAGCGUGCAUUAAUAACAAGUGUGCGGAUCCGUGUCCAGGUUCUUGCGGACAGAACACGAAUUGCCUUACGGUCAAUCACAAUCCUAUCUGUAGCUGCGCCAGCGGUUACUCUGGCGAUCCUUUCGUUCAUUGCACCAGGAUCAGCACUACGUCACCGUCGCCGAAGGGGGAAGGAGACCCUUGUCUACCGAAUCCAUGCGGCCCGAACUCUCAGUGCAGAGUGAUAGGCUCUCAUCCAGCAUGUUCUUGCUUGCAAAACUACAUCGGCCGUCCACCGAAUUGUAGACCUGAGUGCACCGACAAUUCGGAAUGCUUUAAUACCGCAGCGUGCAUUAAUCAAAGAUGCAAGAAUCCCUGCCCUGGCGCUUGCGGCGAGAUUGCCAAAUGCACAGUGCAAAAUCACGUUCCAAUUUGUACCUGCCCGGAAGGAUAUGAGGGCGAUCCUACUGUGCGCUGCGUCCUAGCAUCUCCACCAGCGACAGAUAGGACCGUGUCGAAUCCGUGCUCGCCGAAUCCUUGCGGUCCCAACGCGCAAUGUCGUGAAAGAAACGGAGCAGGUGCCUGCGGAUGUCCACCAGAUCUAAUAGGCGAUCCGUAUGAUAUCAUCAAGGGAUGUCACAGGGAAUGCGAAACAAACAAUGACUGCGCACCACAGUUGGCGUGUGUUGGUUUCAAAUGCACAGAUCCGUGUCCCAAUACUUGUGGAACGUUAUCUAUUUGUAACGUACAAGCACACGUUCCUGUCUGCCUGUGUCCACCAGGAUAUACUGGAGAUCCAUAUUUCGCUUGCGAAAUUGAGGAGAUGAUAAAAACAUUAGAACCAUGUUCGCCAUCACCUUGUGGACCCAAUAGUAAAUGCCGAGUUGUCAACGAUCAAGCUGUAUGCACCUGUUUACCAGAGUACAGGGGUAUUCCACCGUCGUGCAGACCAGAAUGUAUCGUUAAUGCUGAGUGUCCCCUGCAUCUAGCAUGUAUAAAUAAAAAAUGUGUAGAUCCUUGCCCAAAUAUCUGUGGAUUGAAGGCACAAUGUAUUACUAAAAACCACAAUCCAAUUUGCACCUGCCCUGCCGGUUUUACAGGAGAUCCUUUCACUUUCUGCUCACCACAUGUUACUACCGAAAUCCCAAUAACUGAACGGCCACCAUCUUGCACUCCAUCGCCUUGCGGUCCAAAUUCCUUGUGUCAAAUAAUAUCUGGUAAUCCUGCUUGCUCUUGCUCGCCAAAUUACAUUGGCGUACCACCGCAGUGCCGACCGGAAUGCAUCUUAAGCACCGAAUGUAAGAGCCACCUCGCAUGUGUCAAUCAGAGAUGUACGGAUCCCUGCCCAGGCUCAUGUGGAAUAAACGCUCAAUGUCACAUAUUAAAUCAUCUACCAGUUUGCACGUGUAUGGAAGGUUUCACCGGAGAUCCAUUUACGCAAUGUAGCAUUAUUCCACCAGUUACAGAAUCACCAUCCACGGACCCUUGUGCCCUAUCCCCGUGUGGUCCGAACGCCAUAUGCGAUAAUGGUGAUUGCAAAUGUUUACCCGAGUACAUCGGUAAUCCUUAUGAAGCCUGUCGUCCCGAAUGUAUUCUUAAUUCGGAAUGUGCCCGCGAUAAAACUUGUCUGAAGAACAAAUGUAAGGAUCCUUGUCCUGGAAUAUGCGGCCAAAACGCGCAAUGCGACAUAGUCAAUCACAUUCCUGUUUGCUCUUGUCCAUCUGGGUAUAUUGGCGAUCCAUUCGUUAGCUGCCGUGUUCAACCUAGAGUGCCAGAUUCUCGAAAGGAUCCGUGCACGCCUUCACCCUGCGGACCGAAUAGUCAGUGUCGUAAUGUCGAAGAUCACGCUGUGUGCUCCUGUCUUCAAGGCUACCUUGGUUCUCCACCAUCCUGCAGACCAGAGUGUCUCGUUAGUUCUGAAUGUCCGCCAACACGAGCCUGCGUAAACAAAAAAUGUACAGAUCCAUGUCUGGGUUCCUGUGGCCUGAAUGCGAGAUGCGAAGUGAUCAAUCACUCGCCAAUAUGCAGUUGUUUACCCGGACAAACUGGAGAUCCAUUCAGAAGUUGUUACGAUAUUCCACUACCACCGGAACCUAAAGACCGAGGCGAUCCUUGUAAUCCUUCGCCAUGCGGACCAAACGCACUUUGUCAGAACGCAAAUGGACAACCGUCAUGUUCGUGUCUGCCCACUUACAUUGGCACUCCGCCAUCAUGUCGACCAGAAUGUUUGAUCAAUCCUGAUUGUCCGCCGGAAAAAUCCUGCAUAAACAUGAAAUGUAAAGAUCCCUGUCCGGGAUCCUGCGGGGACAACGCUGAGUGCAAAGUAGUGAAUCACGCAGUAACUUGUUCAUGUAAACUCGGCUACACGGGUAAUCCAUUCGUGCAAUGCGUGUUAGAAGAGGAACCGAUGAAUCCUUGUGAACCUUCACCGUGCGGAGCUAACGCGAUCUGUCAGCAACGAGACAAUGCUGGCGCUUGCAUAUGUAUCGAUGAUUAUCAAGGAAAUCCUUACGAGGGAUGUCAACCAGAGUGCGUCCUUAGUGCGGAUUGCUCUACGAAUAAGGCUUGCGUUCGCAACAAAUGCAAGGAUCCUUGCCCAGGUGUGUGCGGUGUUCGAGCACAGUGUUCAGUGAUCAAUCACAUUCCUACGUGUACUUGUGAGCCUGGAUACAUUGGAGAUCCAUUUACGACUUGCACCCUACAACCGGAGGUGGAUACCGAGCCUACUGUAAGAGAUCCAUGCUCUCCUUCACCCUGUGGACCGAACAGCUUGUGCCGCGCUGUAAACAAUCAAGCCGUGUGCACAUGCCAAGAGUCUUUCGUUGGUGUGCCACCAAAUUGCAAGCCGGAAUGUGUCGUCAAUUCAGAAUGUCCGCAAAAUAGAGCAUGUUAUAAAUACAAAUGUACUGAUCCGUGCCCUGGCACAUGUGGAAUUGAAGCCAAUUGUCGUGUUAUCAAUCACAAUCCACUCUGCAGUUGUCCGCAAGGAAAAACGGGCGAUCCCUUCUCUAGAUGUUUCCCUGAACCUGUCGUGCCGCUACCACCGGUGGAUCCUUGUUUCCCUAGCCCAUGUGGACUCUACGCGGAGUGCAAAGUAGUCAAUAAUCAAGCCGCAUGCACUUGUUUGAAAAAUUACAUAGGAAUACCGCCCAAUUGCCGUGCAGAGUGCGUAGUUAAUACAGAUUGUCCGUCGGAUCAAGCUUGCAUCUCUGAAAAAUGUCGCGAUCCCUGCAUUGGUUCCUGCGGUCAAAAUGCUGAUUGUCGAGUACAGAACCACAUACCAGUUUGCUUGUGUCAACCUGGAUAUUCCGGUGAUCCUUUCACAUUGUGUACAGUAAUUAGAGAACAACCAAAGAUUCCCGAAGAUUUAUGCAGUCCGUCACCUUGCGGACCCAACGCAGAAUGUAACGAAGGUGUAUGCAGGUGCUUGCCUAAUUACUUUGGAGAUCCAUACUCAUAUUGUCGGCCAGAAUGUACAAUGAAUUCAGAUUGUCCUCGUGUCAAAACUUGCAUCAAUCAAAACUGCGUAGAUCCUUGUCCAGACACAUGCGGUCGUGAUGCACGUUGCGACGUUGUUAAUCACGUCCCAAUGUGCAGUUGUCCGCCUGGUUACACUGGAAAUCCAUUUCUUCUAUGCCGACCACAUAUACCAGAUGAUACCAUUAAACAGCCUUGCACACCUUCGCCUUGUGGACCAAAUAGCAUCUGCAAAGUUGUGAAUGAUCAUGCUGUAUGUUCGUGUCAACCUGGUUUAAUUGGCAGUCCACCCGCCUGCAAACCAGAAUGCGUUAUUAGCGCUGACUGUCCAUUGACACAAGCGUGUCUAAAUAAUAAAUGCCAAGAUCCAUGUCCAGGCACGUGCGGACAGAAUACGAACUGUCAAGUGGUUAAUCAUAAUCCAAUAUGUAGCUGCUCUGAAUCUUACACAGGCGAUCCCUUCACAAUAUGUUACCCGCAACCAAAAACACCACCUGCACCAAUGAAUCCAUGUCUGCCAUCGCCUUGUGGUCCGAACGCAGAGUGUCAAGUGAGGGGUGAUAGUCCUGCGUGCUCGUGUAUCGAAAAUUAUGUUGGUUUGCCGCCCAAUUGUCGACCGGAGUGCACGAUUAAUCCUGAGUGUCCGCCGCAGUUAGCUUGUAUGCAACAAAAGUGUCGCGAUCCGUGUGUCGGUUUAUGCGGUCCGAACGCUCAGUGCUCGGUAGUGAAUCACCACGCGGUUUGUGCGUGCAUCAACGGAUACACCGGAAAUCCAUUCAGCGCUUGUGAACAAGUACCUGAGGAUACACCCCUAGACAUUAGAAAACCAUGCGAGCCUUCCCCCUGUGGCAUCAAUGCCGUCUGCCGUGAGAACAAUGGCGUUGGCUCGUGCACCUGUCUGUCGGACUACCUAGGUGACCCUUAUCAAGAAUGCAGACCCGAGUGCACGCAAAAUUCUGACUGUUUGACAAGAAUGGCGUGCAUGAACUUGAAAUGCAGAGACCCUUGUCCAGGAACUUGCGGAGUGAAUGCUCAAUGUCAAUCGGUUAAUCAUCUGCCGAUUUGUAUUUGCAUUCCCGGCUAUACCGGCAACCCUUUUACGCUCUGUUCCCCAAUAGUUGAAAUCCUAUUGCCAGAAACAAAUCCGUGCAGCCCAUCUCCCUGUGGACCAAAUAGUAAAUGCCGAGACAUAAAUGGCCUUGCCGUUUGCACUUGCCUCCCGAAUUUUAUCGGCAGCUCUCCCAACUGUCGAGCUGAAUGCGUAAUGAACAGCCAAUGCUCUCAAGAUCUUGCUUGCAUCAAUCAGAAGUGUAUAUCACCUUGCCCGGACCCAUGUGGUAUAAACACACAAUGCAGAGUAAUCAGUCACAGCCCCAUUUGCAUCUGCAAUCUCGGUUAUACCGGAGAUCCCUUUACGAGAUGUUUCCCCGCCCCACAAUCGCUAGAUUUUCCUGUAAUCUCCAAAGAUCCCUGUUUACCGUCUCCAUGCGGCAUAUAUGCGGAGUGUAGGAAUAUUGGUAGUACACCAUCAUGUUCCUGUCUCCCGACCUACAGAGGAUCACCACCGAAUUGUCGCCCUGAAUGUCGCGUAAAUUCCGAAUGCCCGAUGAAUCUCGCCUGCAACAAUGAGAGAUGCAGAGAUCCUUGUUUAGGCUCCUGCAGCAUCACUUCAUUGUGCACAGUCUACAAUCAUAUACCUGUGUGUACUUGUCCCGAAGGAUUUACUGGCGAUCCUUUCACUAAUUGUUACCCCAGACCAACAACGGCACCUGCAGUUAUCGACCCUUGUAAUUUGAACCCUUGUGGACCGAAUGCACGAUGCAACAAUGGCAUCUGCAUAUGUCUGCCUGAAUACCAAGGUGAUCCUUACGUGGGUUGCCGUCCCGAGUGUGUCAUGAAUACUGAUUGCGCCCACGAUCGUGCGUGUGUGCGCAAUAAAUGCAUGGAUCCCUGCCCGGGCACGUGCGGUCGAAACGCAUUAUGUUCCGUAUACAAUCACGUACCUAUGUGCACCUGUCCGACCGGAAUGGCCGGCAAUGCCUUUGUUCAAUGUUCCAUAGUCGAAGAUAUCCCAAAAAGAGAUUCCUGCUCACCCUCGCCCUGUGGACCCAAUAGUGUUUGCCGAGAAAACAACGGGCAACCUGUGUGCUCAUGUGUGGCAGGCUUUCUUGGUGUUCCGCCAGCAUGCAGACCGGAAUGUACUGUCAGUUCUGAAUGUAUUCUGACAGAAGCGUGUAGCAAUCAAAAAUGCAUAAAUCCUUGUCUCGGUGCAUGCGGAAUUCAAGCUACAUGUCAAGUAAUCAAUCAUAAUCCUAUAUGUAGCUGCGGAGAACUCACCGGAGACCCAUUCAUUCGGUGUAUUCCACGACCACCCGAACCCGUGUUGCAAACAAAUCCUUGUGUGCCAUCUCCUUGUGGAGCAAAUGCCGAGUGUCGGGUUGUAGGCGAUGCUCCCUCAUGUUCAUGUCUAGCUGAAUUCUUGGGUUUGCCACCUUAUUGCAGACCCGAAUGCAUUAGCAAUAGUGAAUGCCCUGCUCAUUUAGCGUGUAUGAAUCAGAAAUGUAGGGAUCCUUGCGAAGGCUCCUGCGGAGCUAACGCCGAAUGUCGUGUAGUGAGUCAUACACCCAUGUGUGUUUGUCCUAGCGAUUUCACCGGCGAUCCAUUUACACAGUGUACUAUGAGACUACCCACACCAAUCCCACUAUCACCUUGUAAACCGUCCCCCUGUGGUUUUAAUGCCAUUUGCAAGGAACAGUUUGGUGUCGGAUCCUGUUCUUGCUUACCAGAUUAUGUCGGCAAUCCUUACGAAGGAUGUCGACCAGAAUGCGUGGUUGAUACAGAUUGCAUAUCUAUUCUUGCUUGCGUACAAUCAAAAUGCAGAGAUCCAUGCCCUGGUGUCUGUGGACAAUUUGCCGAAUGUCAAGUUAUCAACCAUCGACCAUCUUGCACAUGUAUUUCCGGUUAUAGUGGCAAUCCCUUCCAAUAUUGCACUGUAAUACGCGUCGUCGAUACUCCGAGAGAUGUUUGCAAUCCGUCGCCUUGUGGACCCAACAGCCAGUGUCGUGUUAAUAACAAUCAAGCAGUCUGUUCUUGCCUACCGAUCUUCAUCGGUAAUCCACCUGCAUGUCGCCCUGAAUGCGUAACAAGUUCGGAUUGUUCCCUCAAUCUUGCUUGUUUGAAUCAAAAGUGCCAAGAUCCUUGCCCUGGCUCUUGCGGCAGAAAUUCGAAUUGCAGAGUCAUCAAACAUAAUCCGAUUUGUUCUUGCAAGAACGGUUUUACUGGUGAUCCAUUUACUGUUUGCUUCCAGACACCUGUGAGUCCGCCUGUUGUAAGUGAUGUUACGAGAGAUCCAUGCAUACCAUCACCUUGUGGCAUGUUUUCCGAAUGUCGCGAUAUAGGAGGAGUGCCAUCAUGUUCUUGUUUACCAACAUACAGAGGCAGUCCGCCAAAUUGUAAACCAGAAUGCACAAUUAAUGCAGAAUGCCCAGCUAAUAUGGCUUGUAUGCAGCAAAGAUGUAAAGAUCCCUGUCCAGGCUCAUGCGGCAUCAUGGCCGAAUGUAGUGUCAUAAAUCACGUACCAAUUUGUUCGUGUUUGCCUGAUUACACUGGCGACCCUUUUAUUGGAUGUUCCGUAAAACCACUCAUUGUUGCCCCUUCCAAACCGGACCCAUGCACACCUUCGCCUUGCGGAUCCAAUACGCAAUGUAAUGGAGGAAUUUGCGUUUGUAUAGCAGAAUAUUUUGGGGAUCCUUAUAGCGGUUGUCGACCAGAAUGCGUAUUGAAUAACGAUUGUCCGAAUACGCGAGCGUGCGUGCGAAAUAAAUGCGUGGAUCCUUGUCCAGGUGUUUGUGGCCAAAAUGCUAUGUGCAAUGUGUACAAUCAUGUUCCUAUGUGUACUUGUCCCUCGGGAAUGGAUGGAAAUGCUUUCGUCCUAUGUUCUCUCGUGCCAGCGCCACCCAUUAGCAACCCAUGUAAUCCGUCUCCGUGUGGUCCGAAUAGUCAAUGUCGAGAAAAUAAUAUGCAGGCUGUAUGUAGUUGCAUAAGUGGAUUUGUCGGCGCGCCUCCGACUUGCAGGCCCGAAUGUGUAAUUAGCUCAGAUUGCCCGAAGAAUGAAGCAUGCACCAAUCAAAAAUGUCAGGACCCUUGUCCGGGAAGUUGCGGUCGCAACACAGUCUGCAACGUCAUUAAUCACAAUCCUAUUUGCGUCUGUCGUUCUGGGAUGACCGGAGAUCCGUUUAUUAAUUGUUUCCCCCUUCCUGAGGAGCCAUUACCUGUACUUAAUCCUUGUCAACCAUCACCGUGUGGACCAAACGCACAAUGCCAAGUGAUUAAUGAUCAACCCUCUUGCUCAUGCUUGCAAGAAUUUAUUGGAUCACCCCCGAACUGUCGGUCUGAGUGUAUCAGCAAUAGCGAAUGCUCGAACAAAAUGGCUUGCAUCAACCAAAAAUGUCGCGAUCCGUGCAUCAAUGCAUGCGGCGUCAAUGCCGUUUGCAAUGUUGUUAGUCACACACCGAUGUGCGCAUGCACCCCCGGCUACACUGGCGAUCCGUUUACGCAAUGUUCUCCCCAACAAUUCGACAUACAGCCUAGUAUAUCCACGCCAUGCACCCCAUCUCCGUGUGGUGCAAAUGCAGUAUGCAGAGUUCAGCAAAAUGCUGGUUCUUGCUCGUGCUCAACCGAUUAUAUUGGCAAUCCUUAUGAAGGAUGCAGACCUGAGUGUACACUCAAUUCCGACUGUCCGUCCAAUCAAGCAUGUAUUGGUUUAAAAUGUAAAGAUCCGUGUCCAGGAACAUGCGGCCAAAACGCGCAAUGUUACGUGAUUAAUCAUGCACCAACCUGUACUUGCUUUGAGCGGUACACGGGAAAUCCAUUCAUAUUCUGCAAUCUUAUUGUUGAAGCCCCGGUUAUAGCAGAUAACGUUAAUCCUUGUCAACCAUCCCCUUGCGGACCAUAUAGUCAAUGUAAAGAAAGCAACGGUCAAGCUGUUUGCUCUUGUUUACCGACUUAUAUCGGCGCACCACCCGGUUGUAGACCCGAAUGCACAGUUAGUACAGAUUGUGCUACAAAUCGAGCUUGUGAAAAUAAUAAGUGUAUUGAUCCUUGUCCUAACUCUUGCGGUCAAGGCACGACGUGUAGAGUUGUAAACCAUAGUCCAAUAUGCAUGUGCAAACCCGGAUUCAGCGGUGAUCCAUUUAUACGCUGCCUAUUUGUACCACCUACUCCGAGUUACUUACCAAGCCUACCCUCGGACCCUUGCAUACCCUCACCAUGCGGGUCUAAUUCGCAAUGUCGCAACGUCAACGGUUAUCCAUCCUGUUCUUGUAUGAUUAAUUACAUUGGUACACCACCAAAUUGUCGUCCCGAAUGCAUUAUUCCUGCCGAUUGUCCGAGCAAUCAAGCUUGUAUUCGUGAAAGAUGCCAAGAUCCCUGUCCAGGUUCUUGUGGUCUGAAUGCCGAUUGUACUGUCCAUAACCACAUUCCAAUCUGCAGAUGUAUAGAAAGUUAUACUGGUGAUCCAUUUAUUGGUUGUCAGCCUGUACCGAUCUACAAUGAGCCAACACAGCCAACUGAUCCAUGCAGUAGAUCACCUUGUGGACCAAACGCUCAAUGCAACAAUGGCAUUUGUAUUUGUUUACCUGAAUAUUUUGGUGAUCCAUACGUUGGCUGUCGACCAGAAUGCGUACUUAGUACAGAUUGCUCAACCGACAAAGCAUGCAUACGAAACAGAUGUGUCGAUCCUUGUCCGGGUACGUGUGGACACAAUAGUUUAUGCAAUGUGAUAAAUCACACACCGAUGUGCAGUUGUCCCCCUGGUACUUCUGGAAACGCAUUCAUUUCUUGUGAUGUAAUAAGAGUCCCUUCCGUGACAAGACCAUGCAGCCCGAAUCCUUGUGGUCCAAACAGCAUAUGUAGAGAAUUAAAUGAACAAGCUGUGUGUACUUGUGCACCAGAGUUUCUCGGUGCACCGCCUCUCUGCAGACCCGAAUGUACCCUUAGUUCUGACUGCCGACCGAACGAAGCUUGCGCUAAUCAAAAAUGCAAAAAUCCUUGCCCCGGUACAUGCGGCAUCCAAGCAAGAUGCGUAGUCGUCAAUCACAACCCUGUUUGCUCGUGCCCCGAGCGCUACACAGGCGAUCCAUUUAUCAGAUGCGAUAUUAUGAAACCAAUAGCACCUGUAGUAAUAAACCCUUGUCAGCCUUCGCCCUGUGGUCCGUACGCUCAGUGCCAAGUCAUUAACGAUUUACCAUCCUGCUCGUGUCUACCUGAAUACAGAGGCUCUCCUCCGUAUUGUCGACCUGAAUGUAUUUCAAAUCCUGAGUGCCCCAGCCAUCAAAGUUGUGUGCGACAAAAAUGCAGGGAUCCCUGCCCAGGUUUAUGCGGGGAAAAUGCGGAAUGUCAUGUGAUACAACAUGUGCCCCAUUGCGUCUGUUCCUACGGUCUCACCGGUGAUCCGUACACGCGUUGCUCUGCGAUACCACGCCCAAUAGAACUGGAACCAGUAUCGUCGCCUUGCGUAAACUUUGAAUGUGGUGCGAAUGCGAUAUGUAGAGAGCGAGAUAGUGUCGCAAUAUGUCAGUGUAUCUCUAGCUAUGUCGGUAAUCCGUACUUAGCGUGUCGACCCGAAUGCAUUAUUAAUCCUGAUUGUGCAUCCAAUCUGAUGUGCGUAAGAAACAAAUGCACCAAUCCUUGCGCCGGUAUGUGCGGUCGAAACGCUGAGUGCUCGGUCGUUAAUCAUCAACCGAUAUGCACAUGUCUUCCUGGAUAUACCGGAGAUCCUUUCAUUUCUUGUUCUAUAGACAAAAUAAUCUCCGAUGAAAAUGUUUGCGCCCCAUCACCCUGUGGACCCAACAGCAAAUGCAAAGAAGUAUCCGGACAGGCUGUCUGUUCAUGCCUUCCGACAUACGUUGGAACUCCACCUGCAUGUAGACCUGAAUGUGUCGCUAGCUCAGAAUGUUCCCCACAAUUAGUGUGCAAGGACUACAAAUGUGUGAACCCCUGCCCAAGCCCAUGCGGACUCAAUACUAAUUGUGUGGUCGUUAAUCAUAGCCCCAUUUGUAGUUGUAUGUCCGGUUAUAGUGGAGAUCCAUUCACCAUAUGCUCUUUAAUUCCACCUAUAACGCCACCACUAGUACAGAAAGACCCUUGUGUACCAUCCCCGUGUGGUAGCUUCUCUCAAUGCAGAAAUAUCGGUGAUUCUCCCGCGUGUACAUGCUUGGAAAAUUAUAUUGGUCAACCACCUAAUUGCAGACCUGAAUGUACUAUACACUCAGAAUGUCCGAGUGAUAAGGCCUGUAUCAAUAUGAAAUGUGUGGAUCCAUGUCCCGGAUCGUGUGGCACCAAUGCUCUGUGUUCGGUUAUUAACCAUAUUCCCACGUGCAGAUGUCCCGAGGGAUACACUGGAAAUACGUUUGUUCUUUGCGAGAUCUUGCCAGCAAUAACGACUCCAUCCCCGGUCGAAGAUGCCUGCGUUCCGUCACCCUGUGGUCCUAAUGCGCAAUGUUUUGAUGGUAUCUGUACUUGUCUACCGGAAUUCCGAGGAGAUCCGAAUGUAGGUUGUCGACCGGAAUGCGUCCUAAAUGCGGAUUGUCCCCGCGAUAGAGCGUGUAUACGUAACAAAUGCUUGGAUCCAUGCCCUGGAGCUUGCGCUGUUAACGCAUUAUGCACCGUGAUCGGUCACAUUCCCAUGUGCAGUUGCCCUGGAAAUAUGACUGGCAAUGCAUUUAGCCAAUGUACACCUCUACAAGACAUACCACUCGCUAAUCCAUGCACCCCUUCACCCUGCGGACCAAAUAGUGAAUGCCGUGUUAUAAAUAAUCAGGCGGUCUGCUCCUGUAUAAGAGGAUAUUUAGGUAGUCCUCCGACCUGCAGGCCCGAAUGCAUAGUCAGCACGGAUUGCCCCCAGAAUGAAGCUUGUAGCAAUCAGAAAUGUACGAAUCCUUGUCCUGGAAGUUGUGGAUUAGGUGCAUCCUGUCAAGUAGUGAAUCAUAAUCCGAUUUGCAUUUGUCCACCCUCUCAAACGGGUGAUCCUUUUGUUAGAUGCUAUUUAUCACCACGUAAGUACUGCUUGUUAUGUCCAUGUUUAUGAUCAAUGCGGAAGUUUCGAGAAAAUCUUUGUUCUUUUUUUUAUGCAUCGAACUUUGUCCUUUUAGCUCAAAUACCUGUAUUACCUCUCACACCAUGCAAGCCAAACCCGUGCGGUCCCAAUUCACAAUGCCAACCACGCGGCGAUGAAUCUGUGUGCACGUGUUUGCCCGAUUUCAUUGGCAGUCCGCCAAAUUGCAGAGCGGAGUGCGUCAGUAAUAGCGAAUGUUCUAAUCAUUUAGCUUGUAUUAAUAAGAAAUGUCGGGACCCAUGCAUUGGUUCCUGCGGUGCGAACGCUAAUUGUCACGUUGUCAGUCACACCCCGAUGUGUUCUUGUAUAAAUGGUUAUACCGGUGAUCCAUUUACUCAAUGCAUCUUAAGAGAACCCACACCAUUGCCGCCUGCACCAAUUGAUCCUUGCAAUCCCUCUCCUUGCGGUUCUAAUGCGGUGUGCAAGGAAUUCAACGGUGCCGGUUCGUGUACGUGCUUGCCGAAUUACACUGGCAAUCCGUACGAAGGAUGCAGGCCGGAAUGUGUUUUAAAUUCGGAUUGCCCUGCCAACUUAGCUUGUGUAAAUAUGAAAUGUAGAGAUCCAUGCCCAGGAUCGUGCGGGCGCAAUGCGUUAUGCCAAGUUGUUAACCAUUUGCCAGUAUGCAAUUGUUAUCCUAGAUAUACCGGCGAUGCCUUUUCAUAUUGUACUCCGAUAGAAAUAGAAGGAGAAAAUGCUGUCAGUAAUCCUUGUGAACCGUCACCAUGUGGACCUAACAGCUUGUGUCGCGUUGUGGAUAAUACGAGCGUUUGUACUUGUUUACCUGAUUUCCAAUGGGUAGCCAGCCCACCAAAUUGUCGCGCUGAAUGCACUGUUAGUGCUGAAUGCGCUUUCAAUCUAGCAUGUAUCUCAUAUAAGUGUAACGACCCUUGUCGUACAUUGUGCGGUUCCAACGCAAGAUGUGAAACGAUUAAUCAUAAUCCCAUUUGCUCGUGCCCACCUAGUUUUACCGGUGAUCCAUUCGUUGCCUGCUUUGAAAUGCCAUCUAAAGAUGAAGAACCUCGUCCAUUUGUGAACCCUUGCGCACCUUCACCUUGCGGACCUUAUUCAGAAUGCCGUGACAUUAACGGUCAAGCAUCUUGUGCUUGUUUGUCAACAUAUAUAGGAACACCACCCAAUUGCAGACCCGAAUGUUCAGUUAAUCCAGAAUGCCCGAUUAAUCAAGCGUGUAUACAGAGAAAGUGUCGAAAUCCUUGCGAUGGAGUUUGUGGAGUAGGAGCAAUUUGUAACGUCAUUCGUCACACACCCACAUGUUCUUGUUCCAGUGGAUUCACUGGAGAUCCAUUUGUUAUGUGUAGAUCAAUUCCCGAAGAAGAUACAACACUCAAACCGACAGAUCCGUGCUUAAAUUGCGGCGCGAACACGCAAUGCUUUAACGGUAUAUGCAGUUGCCUUCCCGAAUAUCAAGGAAAUCCAAACUUUGGAUGCCAUCCAGAAUGUAUUUUAAAUUCAGACUGUCCAAGACACCGGGCUUGCAUUAAGAACAAAUGUCAAGAUCCGUGUGGUCUUGGAAUUUGCGGUGUCAAUGCCUUGUGUUCUGUUAUAAAUCAUAUACCAGUUUGCACUUGUGCACAGAGGAUGUCUGGCAACGCAUUUGUACAGUGCUCCCCAAUAGCUGACACGAUACCAAAAGAUCCAUGUAAUCCAUCACCUUGUGGACCGAAUAGUCAGUGUCGAAAGAUAAAGGAACAAGCUGUCUGUUCGUGUCUCCCUGGAUACUUGGAUGCACCACCUAAUUGCCGAGCGGAAUGCAUUAUUAGUUCCGACUGCCUCGCUAACAGAGCUUGCAAUAAUCAAAAAUGUAUAGAUCCCUGCCCUGGAACGUGCGGCAUCAGAGCCCAAUGUACUGUAGUCAACCACAAUCCGAUUUGUUCUUGUUCCUCUGAAUUAACCGGAGAUCCCUUCACUCAGUGUAUUCCAAGACCGAUAGAAUCUCCAAUGCCCAUUAAUCCCUGCGUUCCAUCUCCAUGUGGACUUAAUAGUAAAUGCGAAGUUGUAAACAACGCAUACUCCUGCUCUUGCUUGCCAGAAUUUAUUGGCAAUCCACCAAAUUGUAGACCCGAAUGCGUUAGCAAUAGUGAAUGUUCUACACAGCUAGCAUGCAUCAAUCAGAAGUGUCGCGAUCCAUGUCCGGGUUCCUGCGGUAUUAAUUCUGAUUGCCGAGUAAUAAGUCACACACCUAUGUGUGUUUGCCUUAUCGGAUUUGAAGGAGAUCCGUUUGUACUAUGUAAUCCCAAGCAAAGCGACGUUAUAAGUGCUGUAAAACCAACACCCUGUAUUCCGUCACCGUGCGGUUUUAAUGCGGUAUGCCGCGAAUCGAAUGGUGUUGGUUCUUGCAUGUGUCUAUCAGAUUAUACAGGCAAUCCAUACGAAGGUUGUCGACCCGAGUGUACGAUAAACUCCGAUUGCACCGCAGAUCGAGCGUGCGUCGGAUCGAAGUGUCAGAAUCCUUGUCCAGGUUUUUGCGGAUAUAAUGCGAUUUGUCAAGUAGUGAAUCACGCGCCGUUGUGCACAUGUCAAUCUGGAUACAGUGGCAACCCAUUCGUCUCUUGUAACAGAAUUGUACAAGAUAUGUCAUUAGAACUUAAUCCAUGUAGUCCUUCUCCUUGUGGACUUAAUAGUCAGUGCCGUGAAUUAAAUGGUCAAGCGGUGUGCUCUUGCUUACCCACAUUUAUCGGAACCCCACCGAGCUGUCGUGCGGAAUGUACUGUCAGUUCCGAUUGCCCCGUAAAUCGUGCUUGCAAAAAUCGUAAAUGCGUUGAUCCAUGCCCCGGAAUUUGUGGCAUCAAUGCAAGAUGUGAAGUGAUUAAUCAUAGUCCGAUUUGCAGUUGUAAUCAAGGUUUUACCGGUGAUCCCUUUGUAACAUGUUUCCAAACGCUUAUAGACAAAGAUACCCCUCAAACGCCAGAAAAUCCGUGCGUUCCAUCCCCCUGUGGUCCAUUUGCCACUUGUCGCGAUAGCGGCUACGCGGGCGUGCCAACGUGCACGUGUAUGGAAAAUUACAUUGGUAGUCCUCCGAAUUGUAGGCCAGAAUGUACCGUUGAUUCUGAGUGCAACAAUAAUCAAGCCUGCUUGAGACAAAAAUGCAGAGACCCGUGCCCUGGCUCGUGUGGUAUCGGUGCCCAAUGUCUCGUGGUUAAUCACAUGGCCGUCUGUCUCUGCCCGAAAGGUUACACCGGGGAUGCGUUUGCUAAUUGCUUUCCAGAACCUGCUCCUGCUUCUAUACCACAAGAUCCUUGUAAUCCGUCCCCGUGCGGAGCUAACGCAGUAUGUCGCGACGGCAUUUGCACCUGUAUGCCCGAGUUCCAUGGUGAUCCUUACACCGCAUGUCGACCAGAAUGUGUACAAAAUCCGGAUUGUCCAUUAGACAAAGCUUGCGUUCGUAAUAAGUGUUUUGAUCCGUGCAUUGGAGUUUGCGGGCAAAAUGCGAAGUGCACAGUGAUAAAUCACACUCCAAUGUGCGCCUGCCCAGAUGGAAUGUCCGGCAAUGCGUUUGCUGCGUGUUAUCCGGUCGUUCAAGAUCAAACCGUUAUUGAGAAUCCAUGUAACCCAUCGCCUUGCGGUCCAAAUAGUAGAUGUCAGAAUUUUAAUAAUCAAGCAGUAUGUACGUGUAUAACUGGAUUCAUAGGAAAUCCGCCAGCCUGCCGACCCGAGUGCAUAGUUAAUACUGAUUGUGCACUGAACGAAGCUUGCAUCAACAUGAAAUGCGGCAAUCCUUGCCUUGGUGCGUGUGGUAUAUCCGCUCGUUGCCAAGUGUUGAAUCAUAAUCCAGUUUGCACCUGUCCUCCUGUAUUUACUGGCGAUCCGUUUAUACGUUGUGUACCAAGACCGGAAGAUAUUCCAAAACCGAUAAAUCCGUGCCAACCAUCGCCUUGCGGUCCUUAUUCUCAGUGCCAAGUCAUCAAUGAUACGCCAUCGUGUUCUUGCACGAUAGAGUUCAUUGGGACACCACCGAACUGUAGACCGGAGUGCAUUAGUAACAGCGAAUGUCCGAGUCAAAUGGCAUGUAUUAAUCGAAAAUGUAGAGACCCAUGUCCUGGAUCUUGUCACUCUCUGGCUAAUUGCUACGUCGUUAAUCAUGUGCCCACUUGCACGUGUCGCGUCGGUUACACAGGCGAUCCAUUUGUUCAAUGCACGAUCAUGCCCAGCGAACCACCGGCACCAAGACAACCUUGUCAACCAUCCCCUUGUGGAACAAAUGCUGUAUGUAGAGAACAAAAUGGCGUCGGUUCUUGUACAUGUUUACUUGAAUAUAUUGGGAAUCCCUAUGAAGGAUGCCGUCCCGAAUGUACCAUUUCGUCAGAUUGCCCCGCACAUUUAGCUUGUAUUGGAUCAAAAUGUCAGAAUCCAUGUCCUGGUUCGUGUGGUACCAAUACCAAUUGCCAAGUUGUUAACAAUAUUCCCGUUUGCACUUGUAUCCCUGGUUACACUGGCAAUCCUUACAUAAACUGCAUUUAUCAGACUCUCAGCAUUCCCGAUGAGAAGCGUGAACCAUGCAAGCCUUCUCCUUGUGGCCCCAACAGUCAAUGUACCAAUAAUAAUGGCCAAGCUGUCUGUUCCUGCUUGCCUCAGUUUAUUGGAACUCCGCCAAAUUGUAGACCGGAAUGUUUAGUAAAUUCAGAAUGUGGUUCGAACCGAGCAUGUGUUAAUCAAAAAUGUGUAGAUCCAUGCAUCGGCACUUGUGGUCGCGAUGCUCAAUGCAAAGUCGUACAUCACAGUCCUAUUUGUGUCUGCGCAAAUGGCUAUACAGGCGACCCUUUCAUCUAUUGCUUCGCGGUGGCAAUUUCGAAACCAGAAGACCAAUAUCUAAAGGAUCCAUGCUUGCCCUCACCUUGCGGCCCCAAUGCCUUAUGCAGAGCCAUUGGUGAUGCACCAGCGUGCAGUUGCAUGCAAAAUUACAUGGGUGUUCCACCUAAUUGUCGACCCGAGUGUUCAAUAAAUUCGGAUUGUCCCGCUAAUAGAGCUUGUAUCAGAGAAAAAUGUAGAGAUCCUUGUCCAGGAUCAUGUGGCCUCUUAGCGCGUUGUUCUGUUAUUAAUCAUACACCAUCAUGCAUAUGUCCUGAAAGCUAUACUGGCGAUCCCUUCAUCAGUUGCAACGUUUUACCUCAGAUACCUUUACUUCCCCCAGACCGAUGCAAUCCAUCACCGUGCGGUCAGAACACACAGUGUAACAACGGAGUUUGCACAUGUAUACCCGAAUACUUAGGAGAUCCUUACGUCGGCUGUCGACCAGAAUGUGUGAUUAACACCGAUUGUCCUCGCGAUAAAGCAUGCAUGCUCCACAAAUGUCGCGAUCCGUGCAUUGGGACAUGCGGCGUUAACGCGGAAUGCAUUGUUGUUAAUCAUUUGCCCAUGUGUAGUUGCCCAAGAAAUAUGACUGGUAGCGCAUUCGUAUCCUGUACACCUCUUCAAGAUUCGACCAUCGUGGAACAACCGUGCAAUCCAUCCCCAUGUGGUCCAAAUAGCCAUUGUCGUGUGUCAAAUAAUCAAGCCAUUUGCGCGUGCAUUGCCGGCUUUAGAGGCGCUCCACCAUCCUGUAGACCAGAAUGUCUUAUAAGCGCCGAUUGUGCCCGUAAUAGAGCCUGCAGCAAUCAAAAAUGCAUUGAUCCAUGCCUCGGUGCAUGUGGAUUAACCGCACAAUGUACCGUUGUGAAUCACAAUCCUAUAUGCAGUUGCCCGCCUUUGUACACGGGAGAUCCAUUUGUUCAAUGUAUUCGUCAACCGGAAGAACCACAACCACCCGUAGAUCCCUGUCAACCUUCACCUUGCGGUCCGAAUGCGAUAUGUCGAGUCCUCAAUGGCGCGCCAUCAUGCUCUUGCUUGCCCCAAUUUAUCGGCACUCCGCCUAGAUGUAGACCGGAGUGUGUUAGUAACAGUGAAUGCCCUAGUCAACAAGCUUGCAUUAACCAGAAAUGCCGUGAUCCUUGUCCGGGAUCGUGUGGCAGAAAUGCUGAAUGUAGAACUGUCAGUCACACCCCGAUGUGUAUUUGCGCUGGUGACUUUACCGGUGAUCCAUUUAUUCAGUGCAAUCCCCGACCAAUCGACACACCGCUAGUUCCAUUAAAUCCGUGUCAGCCCUCACCAUGUGGCGCAAAUGCUAUGUGCCGUGAAAUUUCUGGCUCAGCUUCCUGUACUUGUUUGCCCGAUUUCUACGGAAAUCCGUACGAAGGUUGUAGACCCGAGUGUGUAAUCAAUUCUGACUGUACAUUCAAUCGAGCUUGCAUAAGAAACAGGUGUCAGGACCCUUGCCCAGGAACAUGCGGUGUCAAUGCAAUUUGCGAAGUCAUCAACCACAUACCGGCGUGCAGCUGUCAAUCGAGAUAUACCGGAGACCCAUUCAGAUACUGCGAACCCAUGCAGGAAACUCCUCCGGUGCCUAUAGGCGACCCUUGUCAAUUGUCACCGUGUGGUCCGAAUAGUCGAUGCCUCAAUGUAAACGGAAAAGCCAGUUGUUCGUGCCUGCCCACUUAUCAAGGAAUUCCCCCCGACUGCAGACCUGAAUGUAUCAUUAGCACAGAAUGCCCUAUAAAUCGCGCGUGUGUCAAUCAGAAAUGCGUCGAUCCAUGCCCAGGUGUAUGUGGUAUUAACGCUAAGUGUGAUGCCCUGUCCCACAGUCCAUUCUGCAGUUGCGGACCCAGUCAGAUUGGAGAUCCCUUCGUCAAGUGUUUCGACAUGCCCUUGAUGCCUGUACCAACACUACAAGUAAACCCUUGCGUCCCAUCGCCUUGUGGGCCAUUCUCCACGUGUCAAGACAGGGGAGGCUAUCCGUUUUGCACGUGUAUGCCUAAUUACAUUGGAUCGCCACCUUACUGCCGUACCGAAUGUUCAAUUAAUUCUGAUUGCACCAGUAAUAAAGCUUGUAUUAGAGAAAAAUGCAGAGAUCCCUGUCCUGGAUCCUGUGGUUUUAAUGCCUUAUGCACUGUAAUCAAGCAUACCCCGACUUGCACAUGUCUCGAUGGAUACACAGGCGACCCCUUCAGCAACUGUUACCUGACGCCCAUGCAAAUUCCUACAGUAACAUCAGACCCAUGUAAUCCGUCGCCAUGCGGAUUGAAUGCCGAUUGCCGUAAUGGAAUUUGCAAUUGUAUACCUGAAUAUCGUGGUGAUCCAUAUCGGGAAUGUCGGCCGGAGUGCGUGCAGAAUUCUGAUUGUCCAUUUAAUAGAGCUUGCGCGAAUAAUAAGUGCGUGGAUCCCUGCGUCGGAAUUUGCGGUCAGAAUGCGGAAUGCGCGGUUAUCAAUCAUGUAUCCACUUGUAGCUGUGUCAAGGAUUAUGAAGGCGAUCCAUUCACUAUCUGUAAACGUGUGCAAUCACGCGUCAAACCCUGCGAGCCCUCCCCUUGCGGACCUAACAGCGUUUGCCGUGAAUUCGGAGAUCAAGCCUCAUGUUCUUGCCUACCUGGUUACUUCGGUAUCCCGCCAAGCUGUAGACCCGAAUGUCUCGUUAGCACCGAUUGCGAGCAGAGCAAGGCUUGCGUGAAUAUGAGAUGUCGCAACCCUUGUGAAAACGCUUGUGGCCAGAACGCGCUAUGUGUUGUGCGAAACCAUAAUCCAAUUUGCAGAUGCCCCGUUCAGCAUUCCGGUGACCCGUUUAUCAACUGUUUCCCCAUAACAACACCGGACGUAGAACCCACCAGGGACCCGUGUUACCCCUCACCAUGUGGAUUGAACUCGCAGUGCGCGGUAUCCGCCGAUAACAUACCCUCCUGCUCCUGUUCGCCCACCUUUAUAGGAUCUCCACCCAAUUGUAGACCCGAAUGCCAUGUAAACAGCGAAUGUCCCACCAAUCAAGCAUGCAUUAAGCAGAAGUGUACCGAUCCGUGUGUUGGAUUAUGCGGAUUCAAUGCACUGUGCCAAGUCACUUUGCACCAAGCCCGAUGCACUUGUCCCGAAUCAUACACUGGAGACCCAUUCACAGUUUGCUCUGAGAUAAUAUCAAUUCCAACACCACCGGUACCAUCUAGACCGUGCAGCCCAUCACCGUGUGGAAUAAAUGCGUACUGCCGCGAGAGAUUUGACACAGCCAUUUGCGAGUGCGUACCGAAUUAUAGAGGGAAUCCGUAUCAAGGCUGUCAACCCGAGUGCCUCGUGAAUACCGACUGUCCAAAAUCGCAAGCAUGUAUAAAGACGAAAUGUCAAGAUCCUUGUCCUGGUACUUGCGGCGUUGGUGCAACCUGUACCGUAUCCAAUCAUGUCCCUAUUUGUUCUUGCCCACUGCCAACGAUCGGAGACGCUUUCACGCUCUGUCAAGUCCCUGUGGAAGAUACUAAGGAAACGGAUCCGUGUUAUCCAUCACCGUGCGGUCCGAAUACUGUGUGCGAGAAAAUUGGUAAUACGGCAAUUUGCAAAUGUUUGCCUGGGCUGCAAGGCGUUCCAACGAGUGUAACUGGUUGUCAUCCGGAGUGCGUCCUCAGCUCGGAUUGUCCGGGUGAUAAAGCUUGCAUACAGAGUAAAUGCAAAGAUCCCUGUUCUCAGAAUGUGUGCGGUAGCAAGGCAGUGUGUAAGACGAUCAAUCAUAGCCCACUUUGCAGUUGUCCAUCUCCAUUGAUCGGAAAUCCUUUUGAGGAAUGUUAUACAAAGAUCGAAACCAAUCCUUGCAGUCCAUCGCCUUGUAAUUACAACGGCGAAUGCAGAGUGAGAAAUGGUGUCGCUGUUUGCAUUUAUCCUGAAUGCGUCAUCAAUUCAGAUUGUCCGCGUGAUAAAGCCUGCUUUUCGCAGAAAUGCAAAGAUCCUUGCAUUGGCGCGUGCGGUAUUAAUUCUAUUUGUCAAACCGUUAAUCACAAACCAAUCUGUUCCUGUCCAAUUGGAUUCAUGGGUAAUGCGCGAGUGCAGUGCACAAUUCCAGCCCUUGAAGAACCAAUUCCAGAAUGCACACAAAAUUCCGAAUGCUCAAAUGACAAGACCUGCUUCAAUCAAAAGUGCGUUGAUCCGUGUACUCUUGAUUCUUGUGGUCUUAAUAGUCGCUGCCAUGUACAAAUGCACAGAGCUAUAUGUAUCUGCAAUGAUGGUUACACUGGAUAUCCUCAGCAAUAUUGCCAUCAACUCGGUUGUCGUAGCGAUAGCGAAUGCUCAUUAAUUCAAUCUUGCAUUAACAACGAAUGUAUUGAUACCUGCCUGGUUACACAGUGUGGUAUUAAUGCAAUGUGUACCGCUGAUGGGUAUCAUAAAACUCGUUGCUAUUGUCCUGAUGGAUAUACGGGUAAUCCUUACGAAAUAUGCGAAAGACCUGAGUGCACUAGCGACAAUGAUUGCGCUCCAUCUUUAGCCUGCCGCAACUUAAGAUGUGUCAAUCCUUGCAACUGUCCACCACCAGCAUUAUGCAAUGUUGUCAAUCAUCGGCCAGUAUGUAAAUGUCCACCUGGUUACGUGGGUAAUCCUUACACUUCGUGUCUCAUGGAUCUGUUAGAACCAGAGACCGAAUGUCAAGUCGAUGCCGACUGUCCUAGCAAAUUGGCAUGUUUCAAUGGCAUUUGCAAAGAUCCAUGUACAGAAACGAAACCAUGCAUCGUUAGUGCUAAAUGUAGCGUUGUAGAUACUUUACCGAUGAGAACAAUGGUUUGCGAAUGUCUACCAAAUUUUGCUGGUGAUGCCACUGUUGCUUGCGUGCCAGUGGACAAACAAAUCGUUGCGGUAUGCGAGAGUGAUUCACAAUGUACACCGGACAUGGCCUGUCUAAAUCGUCGAUGCAUCAAUCCAUGCACCGUUAAUCCAUGCUCACCAAAUGCCGAAUGUCAUAUCGAAAAUCAUCGCCGUGUGUGUCAGUGUCCCCACGGAUACGUCGGUGAUCCAUUCAUAAAUUGCUAUGAAGAAAAUAUAGUUCUUGCGGAAUGCAGAACAAAUACCGAGUGUCCAUUCGACAAAGCGUGCAUAAAUCAAUUAUGCCAAGAUCCGUGCUCCAGCAAUCGUUGUGGUCUAAAUGCGGAAUGCAUCACGAUUAAUCAUCAUCCUUCUUGUCACUGCCAACAUGGUUUAGCUGGUGAUCCACAAGCUCAAUGUUUCAGACCGGAAUGUAAAACAGACAAUGACUGUCCUUAUGAUAAAACCUGUCGCAACGAUAAUUGCGUCUCUCCAUGUCUCAUUGGUGAUAUUAUGUGCGGUCGGGGUGCAGAAUGCAGAGCGGUAUCUCAUAGAGCCCAAUGUAUCUGUCCGCAAGGUACUCAAGGCGACCCACGUGUGGCAUGUAUUUCUGCGAUCUGCCAUUACAAUGAAGAUUGCGCUGAUCACGAAGCCUGUGACAGAUUGAAUAGAGUUUGUAGGCCGGUUUGCGACGACGAUGCGUGUGGUGAAAUCGCAAUUUGUGUCGCGCGCGAUCAUCAGCCGAAGUGCACAUGUCCUCCGGGUACCACCGGAAAUCCCUAUGUAACAUGCAUUGGUGAACCUUCUAUUGAGCCGGAAUGUACGCAGGAUAAUGAAUGCGCAUUGAAUCUCGCUUGUAUUAAUACCAAAUGUCAAGAUCCAUGUAUAUCCGCUGGUAUGUGCACCAGUGAACAGGAGUGCAAAGUUCUGAACACGGAACCACUUCGUACAAUGAUUUGUUUGUGUCCACCGAACACGAUCACUGAUGUUAAUGGCCAGUGCAAGCAGAUUGUGUUGGGCGACGUGCAAUGUCAUUUAGAUCAAGAUUGCGCCAACUACGAGAUGUGUCUGGAUGGAAAAUGUGUCGAUGCCUGUUUGACAACUCAGUGCGGUUUUAAUGCGCAAUGUAAAUCCAAGUCUCACACGGGUAUCUGUUUCUGUUCUCAGGACUUUACUGGCAACGCCUACAUAGAAUGCAUAAGAGUUCCAGUUGUUCCAUUGCCAGGACCUCGACCAGAAUGUUACACAAACAGUGAAUGUGCGCGCGACAAGCAAUGCAUAAAUUCGCUUUGCGUAAAUCCGUGUGUUGCUGGUGAUCCAUGCGGCAAGAAUUCUCUGUGUCACGUUGACAAUCAUAAUCCGAUUUGCAAAUGCCCGAUUGGCUAUAUCGGCGAUCCUAAAACCAAGUGCAUACCACCGGAGAUCACGCCUGAAUGCGUAUCAAACAGCGAGUGCGCAGGAAAUUAUGCGUGUGUCAACGGCAUGUGCAUUAAUCCCUGCAAUUGUGGACCCAAUGCCAAAUGUAACGUCAUAAAUCAUUAUCCUUCUUGUGUAUGUCCUCCAGGCUAUUCUGGAAAUCCUCAAUUAGGAUGUUUUAAACUUGAUUGUGAAUCUGACAGCGAGUGCGACUAUGCAGCUACCUGCUAUAAUGGCCAAUGCGUGAAUCCUUGCAUCUUGGACAACAAAUGCGCCAUCAACGCGGAAUGCUACGGCAAGAAUCAUCGGUCGGCUUGUCGUUGCGGUCCGGGUUACUACGGCAAUCCGCAGAUUCAUUGUGAAAGAGUUGAGUGUAAUACCGACCACGAUUGCCCCCACAAUUUGGCUUGCAACGACGGUCGCUGUAUAAACCCAUGCGCCGAGAAUUCACUUUGCGCGCAGAAUGCGGUUUGUUACGUCCAAGAUCACAUUGCAUCCUGCCGUUGCCCCGAAAACAUUCCAUUGGGAAAUCCAUUCUCUUAUUGCGAGCGGCAUACCGCAGUGGAAAUCGAGGAGCCUGAAUGCAAAGUCGACAUCGAUUGUUUAGACAAGUUGGUGUGCAUUCGGGAGAAAUGCAUCGAUCCUUGCCCGGUCAUCAAACCAUGCCUCGAAAACACUCGUUGUGAUGUUCUCGAUACGGUACCCGUAAGGACCAUGAUUUGCACUUGUCCUGAGGGUUGGAUCACCGAUGUCGACGGUGUUUGCAGGCCAAUACAAUUGACGGUCAUUGGAACGUGUACGACGAACGACGAUUGCAGUGAUCGUGAGACGUGUAUUAACAGGCAAUGUCGUAACCCCUGCAACUGCGGUACCAAUGCGGCUUGCUACGUAAAGAAUCAUAAACCAAUCUGCUCAUGCGAACAGGGCUAUCAGGGCAAUCCCGAGAUCGCCUGUCAUUCCGUCGAGUGCCAGCACGACAGUCAGUGCACGCUCGAUAAGACCUGCAAGAAUAAUAACUGUGUGAACCCAUGCCUGGUCACAGAUCUAUGCGGUACCAACGCUGAGUGCUUCCCGAACAAUCACAUAGCCGACUGCCGCUGCCGUAAGGGCUAUCAUGGUAAUCCCGUGGAUCGCUGCCGCGUGAUCGGCUGCUACAGUAACGGCGACUGUCCAGGCGAUCACUCGUGCAUCAACAUGCAAUGUAUCGAUCCUUGCAUCCAUGACAAUCCCUGCUCACCUCGCGCGGAAUGUAGAGUCCUAAAUCACUUGCCGAUAUGCCGCUGCCCAUCGGGCUUCACUGGAAAUCCAUACAUCAAUUGCCAACCAGAAGUCAGACCUGAGUGCAGGGAGGACAGUGACUGUCCGGACUCACUUGCUUGUUUGAGCAACAAAUGCCAAAUUCCAUGCCCGAUCAUACAACCAUGCACUGAACCGUCUGAGUGUCGGGUUCUACCAACGCAUCCGAUACGUACCAUGGUAUGCGUAUGCCCUAGCGGAUACGUCAGCAGCGGCAGUGGUACCUGUCGGGCUACCAAACCAAUUCUCAAAAUCGAAUGUACCAAGGAUGAUGAUUGUCCUUCGGAACGCUCCUGCGUGAACGCGAUCUGUAGGGAUCCCUGCGCGUGCGGGCCUAACGCGGUUUGCAAUGUCAUCAAUCAUAAGCCGAUAUGCUCGUGCACGCUAGGAUAUGACGGAAAUCCGGAUAUUCUUUGUACAAGAGUUGCAGGAUGCAGAACGGACAGCGAUUGCAGCGGUUCACACGUGUGUGUCCAACGCAAUUGCGUACCAGCGUGCUCGCCAUCCUUGGCCUCUUGCGGCAAGAACGCCGUAUGUCACGGUAUCCAUCAUAAGGCUAUCUGCGAGUGUCCACCAGGUUUUGGUGGCAAUCCGCGGGUCUCCUGCGUCUUGUUAGGAUGCAGGACUAAUUCUGAUUGUCCUACCAAUAAGGCUUGCAUUAACAAUCGCUGUGAAAAUCCCUGUGUACAGAAUCCAUGCACUGGCAAUAUGGAUUGUAAUGUUUAUAAUCACGUUGUGGAAUGUGCGUGUCCACCUGGCUACAUCGGCGACAUUAAGUCAGGCUGUACUAAGGUUAAGGAAAAGUGCAAAGCAGACAAUGAGUGUCCUUCCCAAACUGCGUGCUUCAACGAGCAGUGCAUUAAUCCGUGCACUAAGAUCGCACCGUGCGGUAUUAAUGCCGAAUGUAAAGUUCUGGAUACCAGUCCAAUCAGGACCAUGAUAUGCGAAUGUCUCCCAGGAUACCGUGGAAACGCGAUUAUCCGCUGUGAUCAAAUUCCAGCGGAAAUCUGUCCAAUCGGGAAAGGACAGAUUCGCGAUGAAUACGGCAAUUGCGUCUGCCCGCCUGGAUUCGGUAAGGACGCAAACGACGUCUGCAUACCUUGUCGCAAACAGUCUAAUAUGAUGAUAAACGAAGAAGGCUACUGCGUGUGCGACUUAGAAAAGGGCUUCAGCAUAGAUGAAUACGGUCGUUGUGUUUGUCCGACGCGAUACGGAUACGAAAUAGAUACUAAAGGAUAUUGUAGACAAAUUGGUGUAAUCGAGUGCAGACAUAAUGACGACUGCGCCGACGACAGAUACUGCGAUAAAGUCACUCAUACUUGCCAAGAUCCUUGCAAGAAGCAACAGUGUGGCGUGCACGCGCUUUGUAACGCUACCAGACAUCAAGCUAUGUGUGUCUGCGUUAAUGGCUAUUUGGGCAAUCCAUACACUCAAUGCUACGACAGAAAAGAUGGUCGAACAGAUUUCCCUAGACCGGAAAUGGAUGUAAGUUGCCUAUCAGAUGGAGUACAAGUCGUAAUACAUUUGCAAGAUCAAGACUUCGACGGGGUCUUGUACGUUAAAGGUCGUAGCAAAGAUGAACAAUGCAGACGAGUUGUUUCGAUACCGGCUGAAACUGAUCAUAAAACCGAAACGUUCAAAGUUGCAUUUGGCAAUUGCGGACUCAUACAUGUGAAUGGACAAGCUAGCUUUGUGCUCGUUAUACAGAAACAUCCGAAAUUGAUGACUUACAAGGCACAAGCUUAUCAUAUUAAAUGUAUAUACCAAACUGGAGAACAGAAUGUUACCCUUGGUUUUAAUGUCUCCAUGUUGACGACUGCUGGAACAAUCGCUAACACCGGUCCACCUCCUAUAUGCGUAAUGAAAAUAGUUGCACAAAAUGGAAAUGAAAUUAACUCUGCCGAAAUUGGAGAUAAUCUAAUGCUUCAAGUGGAAGUUCAACCUUCAACUAUUUAUGGUGGAUUUGCGCGAAAUUGCGUCGCUAAAACGAUGGAAGAUAAUUUAGAGAACGAGUACAUUGUAACGGAUGAAAAUGGCUGUGCGACAGAUCCCACGAUAUUCGGAGAAUGGGAGCAAAAUCCUGAUACUCAAUCGUUAAUGGCUAGUUUUAAUGCGUUCAAAUUCCCUAGCAGUGACAAUAUAAGAUUUCAGUGCAACAUACGCGUGUGUUUCGGACGCUGUCAACCUGUAAACUGUCGCGGUUAUAAUGCCUUUGGCCGUCGUCGUAGAGACGUUGAUUCCGAGAUUAACGAUACAUCUCUAAGUGUGUCCGAUGGAUAUGAAGGUCAACUUCGUGAAGAGAUAACUAUUCAAUCGAACUUAAUAUUCACUCUGGAAAGGAGAGAGGAGAGGUAUACAGCAGAUCCAGCUGAAGCUCCUUCAGCACAAAGAGUGGAAGAUAUCUGUGUUUCUAUGGUCGGCUUUAUCAUAGCGUUAAUAAUUACGGCACUUUUGGCAUUGGUUGCCGUAGCUAUUGCUGUGUCAUGCUGGCUUAUGGCGUAUCGACGUCAGCCAAAGACUGCUGGACCACUGCCACACCCACCAGAGUUCCCAAACCCCUUGUUCACUACUGAAUCUGUAGCUGAACCUUCUCCUGACUAUCACCUAUCAUAAGUUCGUUAGAAUAAUAUUUUAUAAAUAACGUACAUUUUUUAUAAUUCUCGUGGAAUGCAUUUCAGACCAUUCGUCCUAUUGGUCGGUUUUGUAUUUCGGUGUACAACUCCUCCAGUGACUAUCACUUCUCUUUGUACUCUCUUUUCAAGGGUUCAAACAAUAAGUCACUGUUAUACAUUACGAGUCAUGAUAUAUACAUACUAUUUAUGGUGAUGGGUUCGCUUCCAUUAUCUACUUGCGAGUAAAAACACGGGACUAUCUUUUCUUCGUGUAUCUUUCCUGUAUUAUUUUCUCUAGUCAGUGGAGGAUUUGUUAAAUAUAAUGCUGCGAAUUUUUAAUUCCUGUGUAAAGUCAACGAAUUAGUCUAAUAUAGCUUUCUUAUGACGAAAAUAGGUAAUUGUACAUUUUCUCUAAUAAAUCGCU